UUAACGAGCUCGUAUGCUCCUUUGUAUUUGUUCGAAUCCUCUUCAAACAAACUCCGGGAGCAGUUUAUCUUCACCUCGGGUUGUGUCGGGCUCCUCGGUGAAGCUCCGGCAUGGAGCGGCUGUAGCGGCGGCGGCGGCGGCAGCAGCAGCAGCAGCAGCAGCAGCAGCUCGCUGCGUGGUGGUUUCCGGUGUCCGUCCGUCUGCAAGAGGAUGGCGUCCGGCUUCAACCGCAUCCCUUCCACCGCCGGUCCUCCGAGUCCCAAUUAUACCGAAGGUUGUCGACCCCAGGCUGAAGACGACAGUGAAAACCAUCGAUAAGCGGCUCGGGUCUUCUCACCUAUCUCAAAGGAGGCGUGUAAACACAGAUAGAGCACUCGCCUCCUCUCGGUGUGCUAGUUGCCAUUUCUAAAGUCACAUCCACCCUCUCGGUUUGGCGCUUGAAACAACCCCCCCCCACACACACACACACACACACACACAUACACACCCCCCACCCCCAUCUCCUGAGCACUGAAUCCUUACAUGCGAGUGGAAGGAUGACGGAGGCAUGGCAGCAGCAGCAACAUGCAGUGGCUCCACCCUCUGUUGUGCACACGCUCCCCCAGGCGACCGACAACCCCCUGGGCUGCACUGUGUACGGAGUCGUCCUGCAGCCAGAUGCCUCCCUGCAGCAGCCCCAGCACGGCCAGCAGCACGCUGUUCAAGCCCAGCAGCCCUCCUUACAGGUAGGAGGCGAGAGAGGGCACAAGUGUGGAGCCUGCGGUCAUGACAUAUCUCACCUGGCCAACCCUCACGAGCACCAGUGCAUGGUGAGCCAGGACCGAUCUUUCCAGUGUACGCAGUGUAUGAAGAUCUUCAGCCAGGCCACGGACCUCCUGGAGCAUCAGUGUGUGCAGGUGGAGCAAAAGCCCUUUGUGUGUGGUGUGUGUAAGAUGGGCUUCUCGCUGCUCACCUCCUUGGCUCAGCAUCACAACUCGCACGGCAAUGGAAACAACCCGAUGAAGUGCUCCAUCUGUGAGAAGACCUACCGGCCAGGGUCUGGGAACGCCACUCCAACCUCGUCAGCUGCCAACCCCCAGCAGCCCUCCACCGGUGAGACGUCCGGUGGCGGUGCAGUGAUCAGUGCCUCGUCUCCUCCUGCAUUUGAGGCCUCUGCACCAGACAGGCCAUAUAAGUGCUCAGUGUGCCAUAAGGCCUUCCGGCAUUUGUCAGAGCUGACGCGCCACGAGAGGGUACACACUGGUGAAAAGCCAUACAAAUGUGACACGUGUGAUAAAAGCUUCAGCCAGUCUUCGCACCUGGCACACCACCAGCGUACGCACAGCUCAGAGCGGCCGUACAAAUGUGCUGUGUGUGAGAAGAGCUUUAAGCACCGCUCUCACCUCGUGCGGCACAUGUAUGCUCAUUCGGGCGAGCACCUUUUCAAGUGCAAUUUGUGUGAGAUGCACUUUAAGGAGUCGUCUGAGCUCCUGCACCAUCAAUGCCAGCCAGAAGGGGAGAGGCCCUUCCGCUGCGGUUCAUGCGGAAAGAGCUUCAAGCGCCCGUCUGACCUGCGGCAACACGAACGCACCCACUCGGAGGAGCGACCUUUCCAGUGCGAGGAGUGCCAGAUGAGCUUCAAACAGCAGUACGCUCUUGUACGCCACCGUCGCACUCACAAGAAUCCAGCUGAUCGCCCUUUCAAGUGUAACCUCUGCGAUAAGGGGUUUCUUCAGCCAUCCCACCUGCUUUACCACCAGCAGGUCCACGGUAUGGAGAGUCUGUUCAAAUGUGCAUCCUGCCAGAAGUCUUUCACCCAAUCAGGAGAACUGCUGAGGCACAAAUGUGGCGGUGAAGUGGAGAAGCCCUACAAGUGCGACGUUUGCGGCAAAGGUUAUAAAAAGAAUUCAACGCUGCAGCGCCACCAGAACUCUCACUGCACAGAGAAGCCGCUGAAAUGUCCCGACUGUGAAAAGCGCUUCAGGUACUCGUCUGAGCUGCAGCGCCAUCGCCGAGUUCACACGGGGGAGAAGCCUUUCAAGUGUGCCAGCUGCGACAAGAGCUUCAAGCAACGCGAGCACCUGGCCAAGCACCAGAGCGUGCACUCGCGGGAGACACAGUUUAAGUGUGUGUGGUGCGGAGAGCGUUUUGUUGACCUCACAGCUCUGCAGGAGCACACAGUUCAGCACACUGCUGAGGGUGAGAGUUUCCCCGAAGCUCCCUGCAUCCCAUGAACAGCGCUGCUCUUCAGUCCCGAGCAGCAAACGUGACAUUUGCCCUCAGAGCAACGUGUGCCAGCCUCCGCUCUCCCAUGUGUAGUUUAUAACAUGCACCCAUUAAUUAUGUUUAAUGAUUUUUAGUAUCUGUAAGACUCAGUUCAUCCUCAUCCUUUGUUGAGUAAAAGGCAAAACACCCUAAAUCAACAGAGGGGAUUAGGAUCCCUCUUCUUAUGUUGGAACACAUGGAAAAAAAACCAGAAUGAAAAAGGCUUGUAAUGUAAAAUGUGGGAAGAUCCUGAUCUAGUUUAGUGCUGAGUGUGGGACCUUAUUCUGUGGUUGCAUGUGAUCGUCUGUUUUGUAACUGUUGAUUCUGUCGUUGAGAAAGAUGGCAAGAACUUCCAGGCAGGUGUUACAUACGUGUGUUCAUGUUUAGCUCCUCUGAAAUCCAUGUGCCUUUUUUUUUUCCCUUUUUUGUUUUCUUUUUUUUUACCGAUCACUCCUUUUAUGUUUUUUGUUAAUUUCAUGUCCAGUAUAGCCGAAAACCCUCCCAUUCGUAUUCAGCGGAUGGCUUGUGCAGCAGUAUAUUUUCACAUACUAGAUCUUAGGUAGUAUCAUCUGUUUGUGCAUGAAUAUUUAUCACACUUUAAUAUCACUGUUGUAUUAUAGGUUUGGUUUAUUUAGGAAAACAUCCUAAGAAGAAGGAAAAAAAAAACAAGUGGAUUUGUGAAAAUGUAUAGCCUGUGUCCUAUGAAAUCUGUGUUGUUGCAUCUUUGUAUUAAAACAAAUGGCAUCUAGGUAACUAACCCAUACCUAUCAUGUCAUACAAACACUUGACAUGUGCAAUAGAACAUGCACAAUGUAAUAUUUAUGACUACUGAUUCAUGGCAUAGUCUACUCUGUUAUAUUAUAGAUUGUGUGUAUACGCUUAUGUAAACAUUGAAAACUGUA